AUGGCACAGAAGACUGGAGAAGGAGGCUUUGGCACUGUGUACAAGGGGAUCCGGAAAAAUAAUGGACAGCAGGUUGCCAUAAAAAUCAUCCCUAAAAGAGAUGGAGACCGGUUUAUUGAAAUUCCUGGCUGUUCCAAGCCGCUGUUUGCAGAAGUGGCUCUAAACCUGCUGCUGAAACGACCUCCGUUAAGCCCCUACAUUGUGCACAUGCUGGAAUGGUUCGAAGAGGACGAUCGGUACAUCCUGAUCCUGGAGUAUCUGCAACCCUGCAAAGACUUGCUCAAGUUCAUGCUUAACAACAUGCAGCUACUGGAUGAAUCACAGACACGUAGCCUGAUGUACCAAGCGGUGCUGGGAGCCAAGCACUGUCUUGACCGAGGCGUCUUCCACCGUGACAUUAAGUUAAAUAACUUUCUGAUCAACACAAAGACGAACCAAGUCAAACUGAUAGACUUUGGCUGCAGUGACCUCGUCAAAAGUUCAGGCUACUUGGGUGGUUUUACAGGAGGAGUCCGCCCACCUGAGUACUAUGUGGACUUAAAAUACGAGGCAGGGCCAACAACUGUUUGGUCUCUGGGCUUUAUGAUGUACUCAAUGGUGUACAAACGUCAACCCUUUAAAAGUCUAAGAGACAUGAUGCAUGGUAGUCUGAGGUUUAAGCACAAAAUAUCCACAGAAUUGCAGGAUUUGAUAUGCCGCUGCAUGACUCGUGACCCAACCGAGAGAGCAACUAUAGAGGAAAUCCUACAGCAUGAAUGGUUUCAGCAGGGACAAAUGUCAGGAGUAGCUCAGGAUCAGUCAGUGGAGCUCAACACUGAGUGUUCAGUGUCAGCAGAUGAUACUCUGACAGCUGGAGGAAACACCACCGACCCUUCAGGAGUAAACCCAGAGGCUUCUCCUGCAGCAGCGGCUAUGGAGAACAGCCCCACAGAAAAACCUGUAAAACGCAAGAAGAACAGCCUUUGUGCAUUCUUCAGAAACACAUGGCUGGCUGUAAAAAGCACUAACCAGUGUCGACGUAAAGGCAACAAAGUGGUCCCUCUUCAGCCUGUGUCCGACACAGAUUCAGCUGAUUCCCAGUGUGGUCCAUCCGGCCUCGAAUCAACGGCACUUUGGCAUCUAGUUGAUCCACAGCCAGACCCAUCCGGCCUUGAGCCAACAACUCUACAGGAUCAAACUGAUCUUCUGCCAGGUCCAUCCAGCGUCACGCUGACGAACUGGGAUCCAAAUCCAGCUGAUCCUGAGCCAGCUGAAGAGUGGGUCUACUGUCAUUUUAAUUCUGUCCUGUUUUUCACACGUGUCUAG